CACUUCAACAGCCACUUAUUGAUGGUCCUCUGGAAGUGCAAACAAAGAAAAACUUUGAUGAACUCACCCACUGAACACAUGUAGACGAUCCUGCUCUAUAUCACCGAAGUUAGAGAAGAUAUCGAUUUUAUUACAUCCGGGAAUUUGCCCUGAGUUAAAUAUAAAACUAGAGCACCAUCGGAAUCACUGCAGAUUUCCCCUUUGGAUCCAGCGGCAGCAGGUUGUGAGGAUGGAUGGGCUCUUUGGAUUGUCCGUUUUCUCUGUGUGGCCGUGGCAGGACGUUCGCAGUCUGCUCAUCUUCACUCUGGUCUUCUUGGUGAUAGCAGAGUGUUUGAGGACCCGUCGUCCCAGCGGUUUUCCUCCAGGACCCCGGGUUCUUCCUCUUGUGGGGACCAUGUUGUCCCUUGACUUUAAGAAUCUCCAUAGACAAAUGACCCAGUUGGCAGAGAAGUAUGGGAAUGUGUACAGCCUUAAGAUGGGCUCCUCCUGGGUAGUGGUGUUGAAUGGCCUUGACGCCCUUCAAGAAGGUCUACUCACCAAGGGAGACAUCCUGGCGGGCCGACCGUUAAUUCCUCUUCAUACUGACGUGCUUCCUGAUCUGGGUAUUAUCUUUACCAACGGAUACUUGUGGAAACAGCAAAGACGAUUUGCCCUCUUCACUCUCAAGUACUUUGGAGUUGGCAAGAGAUCCCUGGAAUCUACCAUACAGGAUGAAUUCAAUCACCUAUCUAGAGAGAUUGCUGGUCAUGAAGGCAAACCCUUCAAUCCUCACUUGGCUAUAAACAAUGCCGUGUCCAACAUCAUCUGCUCCCUGGUGUUUGGUCACCGCUUUGAGUACGGCGAUGAGAAGUUUCUCACCUUGAUCAAGUUGAUUGAUACGGGAACUCAAAUCGAGGGCUCCAUUUGGGCUCAGCUGUACAAUGAGUUUCCCAUGCUGAUGAGACGUCUGCCAGGCCCUCACCACACUCUUCAGAAAAUCUAUGGUGAAAUGGUGAAGUUUAUGAAAAUAGAAAUCAAUCAGCACAAGAAAGACUGGGACCCCGCGGAGCCCAGAGACUUCAUCGACUGUUACCUGACUGAGAUUCAGAAGAGCAAGGAGGACGAUAAAGAGGAUGCUGGUUUUCACGAGAAUAAUUUGGUGAUGUGUUCGUUUGAUCUGUUCGGAGCCGGCACUGAGACCACAUCCACCACCCUGCGCUGGGCUCUGCUCUACAUGACCAAGUACCCGGAGAUUCAGGAGAAAGUCCAGGCUGAAAUAGACCAAGUGAUUGGACAGUCCAGGCAGCCGUGCAUGGAGGACCGUAAAGACAUGCCCUACACUGAGGCCGUCAUCCACGAGGUGCAGAGGAUGGCCAACAUCGUUCCUCUGGGGCUGCCUCACUCCGCCAUCAGGGACCUCCAGCUGGGAGGCUACUCACUCCCAAAGGUAAUUUCUUGCACUGUGUAUUGUCUUUUCCCCUUCCAUCCACACUCUCUCUCCAACCACUCAUCCUGAUGCAUUUCUCAGGGCGUCACAGUGAUUCCUAAUCUGACCUCGGUGCUGUUCGAGAAGAGCAAGUGGGAGACGCCCUUCACCUUCAACCCGGGACACUUUCUGAAUGAGGAGGGAAGGUUUGUGAAGAAGGCUGCGUUCGUCCCUUUCUCUGCUGGUAAGCGGGUGUGUCUCGGGGAGAACCUGGCCAGGAUGGAGCUCUUCGUGUUCUUCACCUCCUUCAUGCAGCAAUUCACCUUCUCCAUGCUUCCUGGGGUGCAGCCUGUCUUAAAGCCCCGCAUUAGCAUCAUUCUUUCACCCCAACACUAUGAAAUCUGUGCCACGCAGCGUCCACUGAACACAUGUAGACGAUCCUGCUCUAUAUCACCGAAGUUAGACAAGAUAUCGAUUUUAUUACAUCCGGGAAUUUGCCCUGAGUUAAAUAUAAAACUAGAGCACCAUCGGAAUCACUGCAGAUUUCCCCUGUGGAUCCAGCGGCAGCAGGUUGUGAGGAUGGAUGGGCUCUUUGGAUUGUCCGUUUUCUCUGUGUGGCCGUGGCAGGACGUUCGCAGUCUGCUCAUCUUCACUCUGGUCUUCUUGGUGAUAGCAGAGUGUUUGAGGACCCGUCGUCCCAGCGGUUUUCCUCCAGGACCCCGGGUUCUUCCUCUUGUGGGGAACAUGUUGUCCCUUGACUUUAAGAAUCUCCCCAGACAAAUGACCCAGUUGGCAGAGAAGUAUGGGAAUGUGUACAGCCUUAAGAUGGGCUCCUCCUGGGUAGUGGUGUUGAAUGGCCUUGACGCCCUUCGAGAAGGUCUACUCACCAAGGGAGACACCCUGGCGGGCCGACCGUUUCUUCCUCUCUAUACUGACGUACUUCCUGAUCUGGGUAUUCUCUUAACCAACGGAUACUUGUGGAAACAGCAAAGACGAUUUGCCCUCUUCACUCUCAAGUACUUUGGAGUUGGCAAGAGAUCCCUGGAAUCUACCAUACAGGAUGAAUUCAGUCACCUAUCUAGAGAGAUUGCUGGUCAUGAAGGCAAACCCUUCAAUCCUCACUUGGCUAUAAACAAUGCCGUGUCCAACAUCAUCUGCUCCCUGGUGUUUGGUCACCGCUUUGAGUACGGCGAUGAGAAGUUUCUCACCUUGAUCAAGUUGAUUGACACGGCAUCUCAAAUCGAGGGCUCCAUUUGGGCUCAGCUGUACAAUGAGUUUCCCAUGCUGAUGAGACGUCUGCCAGGCCCUCACCACACUCUUCAGAAAAUCUUUGGUGAAAUGUUGAAGUUUAUGAAAAUAGAAAUCAAUCAGCACAAGAAAGACUGGGACCCCGCGGAGCCCAGAGAUUUCAUCGACUGUUACCUGACUGAGAUUCAGAAGAGCAAGAAGGACGAUAAAGAGGAUGCUGGUUUUCACGAGAAUAAUUUGGUGAUGUGUUCGUUUGAUCUGUUCGGAGCCGGCACUGAGACCACCUCCACCACCCUGCGCUGGGCUCUGCUCUACAUGACCAAGUACCCGGAGAUUCAGGAGAAAGUCCAGGCUGAAAUAGACCAAGUGAUUGGACAGUCCAGGCAGCCGUGCAUGGAGGACCGUAAAGACAUGCCCUACACUGAGGCCGUCAUCCACGAGGUGCAGAGGAUGGGCAACAUCGUUCCUCUGGGGCUGCCUCACUCCGCCAUCAGGGACCUCCAGCUGGGAGGCUACUCAGUCCCAAAGGGCGUCACAGUGAUUCCUAAUCUGACCUCGGUGCUGUUCGAGAAGGACAAGUGGGAGACGCCCUUCACCUUCAACCCGGGACACUUUCUGAAUGAGGAGGGAAGGUUUGUGAAGAAGGCUGCGUUCGUCCCUUUCUCUGCUGGUAAGCGGGUGUGUCUCGGGGAGAACCUGGCCAGGAUGGAGCUCUUCGUGUUCUUCACCUCCUUCAUGCAGCAAUUCACCUUCUCCAUGCCUCCUGGGGUGCAGCCUGUCUUAAAGCCCCGCAUUAGCAUCAUUCUUUCACCCCAACACUAUGAAAUCUGUGCCACGCAGCGUUAAGUGUGACACUCCUCAAGCUUUAAGUUGGAUUUCAGAACAGCUGCAGUCAGGGGCGCCGAAAAGGGGGGGUAAAGGAGACGGAUUCUAGGGGCCCAUGAUGGAGGGGGGCCCAGAGAGGCCCCUAAUGAUGAUGAAAUUAUAAUACAGAAAAAAUAAUGACACUAAGUUAUUAACUAACAUAUAAUCACACAUGUUUUAUUUUCCAUGACCUGGUAACAAUUCCUUUAUUUGUUUUGGAAGCAUCAACCCCUGCAGGGCCCCCCCUUCCCCCCCUCUAUUUACGUAAAAUGGUUCAGUCCGACUGGAUCAGCUGCAGCCGGUAGUGCACCAGCGAUUUGUCACAGACAGCGCCACAGCGGGCAAAGUGGAGGAGACAGCAGUAUGCCUCAAAAAUCAGGCAGCCAAAAAAGAAAGGAAAAUAAAUUAAGAGAGGAGAAGGAGUUGAAGGGUCGACAAUAUGUCACCCAGUAUUUCCAAAAAAAAGGUGGGUUUGUUGUGGUGGAAAGUUAUGGAUAUUAACUUUGUCCCUGUCUGUGGUCUAUAAGCUAGCUCACUUUUCUCACCAUGUUAGCUCAAGAAAACUCUGGAUUUUUACAUUUUACUGCUAUAUUAGUUAAAUAAUCAAUCCAGUCAAACAUUUAUCAAGCUGUUCUUAUUCAAUAAUAGUUGAUCUCCCCUCUGUCAAAAUGAUGCCUCAUUCUGAACAGAGUCAAGUGCACCAGAGGCUGCAGCAGCUGUCUGUCAGCCCCCAACUCCCCCUGCCCCUGAAUCAGCCCCAGUGCCCCCACAUGAGGAAGGAGGUGAGCAGCUGUGUGUGUUGAAAUAAUAAUAAUAAUAAUAAUACAUAAUAUAAUACAAAAUAUAAUACAUUUUACUACAGUCUCAAAACAAUACAAAGAUGAAGGUAAUUCAUUAAUUAAAAUGAAUUAAAUAAAAGGCAUUUUGAACAAUUUUAAUGGUUUAAAAAGCAUAAACCCUUUUAAAAAAUGAAACAGAAGACGUGCAGUAAGAACAGAGGAGAACAUCUGUGGUGUGUGCAGCAGACUGGGGUGACUGCUCUCAGUCCAAUCAGAGAAGUUUACAUGUUGGUGACUAUGCUAUUACAAAUAGUUAUAUUAUAGGAAAUCCUAUAUAAUUAAUGUAUGUCAUGUACACUCUACAGAGCCAGGUCCAGGACCCUCUUCUGGUUUGUCAGGGAGGGAUGUGGAGGAAGUGGAGGAAGAGAUGGAAGAGGGUACAGAUGACAGUGAGAGUUCAGUAAACUAAAAAUGAUAAAAAACUAUUUGAGGUCCACAAUGUCUCAGGAAAGACUUUGCAGUCUUGCCAUGCUGUCAAUUGAGAGUCAGUUGGCUAGAAAGCUGGACUUCAAAGACCUGAUAAGUGAUUUUGCACAUGAGAAGGCUCGGCGUUGGGCUUUUGGUGAGAAGAGUUGAGCAAGGACCAGUGAUUGAAAGGUUGCAAAAGGAAGCUUGACUCAGUCGGCAACGUUAUAUUAUAUAUAUAUUUGCCAUUCUUUCAUAUAUUAAGUUCUACUUAAAUGAUGAGAAAUCAUAUAUGGCCAUUUUGUAUUCUGAUGGCGUUUUUGUUUUUGCUGAGAUUUUUUUCUCUCCACUGAUUAUAAUUGCUAUUUUUUCAUGGAAGAGUUUAUUUCCAAUUUAAGAAUCAGUGGUGCAGCAAAUAAAUGACUCAAAAUUAAUUCCAUUGUAUUCAGAGUGCUCAGUUCUUCCCCUACUGUACAUGUCAACUGUCAUGCUGUUCUUCUUUCACAAAUAUGGUAAUGAUAGUCAAAAAUACCAUUAAAAUGCAUAAUUGUAUGUAAAAUAGCAUCAAAAAAUUUUGCCGCUGUGUUGGGGGCCCUGUAAAGGUUCUUUUCAUGGGGCCCAAAAUCCCUAGCGGCGCCCCUGGCUGCAGUAAUGAAUACAGUAUUUUGGCCACUUGGAGGCAGAAGAUGUUUACGACAAGCUGACACAUUAUCGUCUUUUUUUAUUUUUGCUUUUGCCCAGUGUUCUGGAUAACAUUUGCCUCUUGACAGUUCACUUCUGUGAAACAAUAUUAGCUGUGUUUCUUGCAGAAUUGUAAGUCCAAUAUACAGUAUAUAUAGUAUCCAAUAUUGUGUAUCUACCAUCCCCCGAAGAAUCAUAUAUGCCAUUUGAUGCAAGGCAGGUAAAACAAUGAGCUAAAGACAGACAGAUGCAGAGUUAGGUGACAGUAACAUGUUGUCGGUUUGUCUCUGUGUGAAGCUUUUCAAUUACAAUUUUACAAUUUCAAUGUGAAAAUCUAAAUGUUUUUGUUAGCUGGAGUUCUAGUGAGAUUAUGCAAGAACUAUUAAACCGAUUUGCAUAUGCACGGAUGUUGCUUGGGAGGAAUUUCAACACAUGUAAAUUAAGGGUCAGACCCAUUUUGACUUUCUUACAAUAUAUUUUAUGACAAAUAAAUCAUUGAGGUUAUCAGACCAUUUCAUUUUUUCUUUUAAAUGCCUGCUUUAAGAACUGGACAAUUAUAUUCAUCAUGGAUGUUUAGCCUUAGCAGAGGUGUGUACAGUGGUUUAAGACAUCUCUCACCAGUGUAUUUAUGGGAAACAGAAAUGCAAGAGCCACAAAAUGGAAACACAGCCACAGUGUGUGACUAUUGAUACUGACAGUGAAACAGUAAUUUACUGGGGGUUGACACAAUUUGUAUGAGUGUGUGCAAUGUGAUGUGGAUCAAAAUAAAAAUCUGUAUUUACUCUA